AUGGGUCGUCGUCCUGCUCGUUGUUACCGUUACUGUAAAAACAAGCCCUAUCCUAAAUCCAGAUACUGUCGUGGUGUCCCUGAUGCCAAGCUCAGAAUCUACGAUUUAGGUCGUAAGAAGGCAUCUGUUGACGAUUUCCCUCUCUGUGUUCACUUGGUCUCCAACGAAUACGAACAACUUUCUGCCGAAGCUCUUGAAGCAGGUCGUAUCUGUGCUAACAAAUACAUUGCCAAGACUGCUGGUAAGGAUUCUUUCCACAUGCGUAUCCGUGUUCACCCUUACCACGUUACUCGUAUCAACAAGAUGUUGUCUUGUGCUGGUGCCGAUAGAUUGCAAACUGGUAUGCGUGGUGCCUUCGGUAAGCCCAACGGUCUCGUUGCUCGUGUCAACAUUGGUCAAAUCAUCUUCUCUGUUCGUACCAAGGAUUCUAACAAGGCUGUUGUCAUUGAAGCUUUGAGACGUUGCAAGUACAAGUUCCCUGGUCAACAAAAGAUCAUUGUCUCCAAGAAGUGGGGUUUCACUCCUCUCUCUCGUGAAGAAUAUGUUGAAGCUCGUGCUGCCGGUAAGCUUAGACCUGAUGGCUGUUACGUCAAGUUCGUCCCUCAAAAGGGUCGUCUUGCUGAUUACUUCAAGGAAGCUUCCAGAGUUUAAAAUA